AUGUCAUACGCAUAUCCUUGGCAAUCUCAAUCGCAAUCUCCACAGCUACUGGGUCCCUCGCUCUCAAGAGGGCGGGGAGGCUGCGAGUCGAGAUUCAAUCGCGGCCAAUCCAACGCACAGGAAGACGACGAAUCUGUACUCGAGCAUAAUACGACAGCCCUUCCCCCGAGUAUGGAGCUUCCCUCGGACGUUAGUCGCGGCUUCAACCACGUUCUGCGUCAGCAGCGUUCAGAAUACCUCGGGGAUCGAACGCCUAGAGCAUCGCAUCAACAGCAGCGCUAUGGUACAUUACCAGCAAAGAACCUACGCAAUGCUCAGAGCCAUUUGCAUUUGCAAGGCUCCGGGCAGUAUAGUGGAGCCUCGUCAUCGUCUAUGGUAAUACCGAAGGCAGCAUAUCUAAACGCUAAUCCGCAAACGCAGACCUCGUCUCUAUUCAACACCUCCAUCGGCAAGUUCAGCGUAGAUCCAAAUCAAAACAGCAUCAAUAUAUCGCUAUCCAUACAUCCCUUCCAAGACCCCGGGCUUCCGAUCCUUGAAAAUGGUUGUCACUGCAAUAACAUAAUCUGUACCCUCUUUGGUUCAGAUUCCCGUUUCAUGAACGAAGCCGCAACCACCGAAGGGUUCACACAUAUCGCAGUGGUACUCGGAAUGUGGCGUAUUCAUGUCGAAGGUCGCGUAAGCCACAGCACCGGAGAGAGAAAACCAGUCCGCGUGAAGGAUCUCGUUAAUGUAAUUCAUGCGGAAUUACACAAGCUCAUGGGUCGCGAUUACCAGGACAACAUCCUCGCGGGCAUGUCCGAUGCAGAUGCAUACAAGACUAAGUAUCAAGUGGACGAACACGCUUUUGUGCGGACGGGAAUUCGAAUGCACGACACGAAUAGAAUGAUGUAUCUCCAGAAGGUCGACUACGUUGAGAAAAAUAACACGAUUAGAGUGGGCCCAGCGCUGUAUGUCAAACGGCUGUAUUCUCAGCAGCACGUCUGCAUAGUUGGCCUUGCAUAG